AUGUCAAUAGGUUCGGAUAAUUGGAAAUGGCGGUAUGAAGUGGAUGGUGCAUUCUCUGUUUCAAGCAUUAAAACCAUCUUAUGCUCAACUGGUCGUGUCCGUCCCGAAAAUGUCUUCGAAUGGAAUAACUGGGUCCCGAAGAAGGUGUGUAUUGUAGCCUGGAGGGCUGAAAUGGAGAGACUACCGACUAAAAGUGCAUUGGCUAGACGGAAUGUUCCGGUUCCGAACCAAUCACGCGUCUUCUGUGGCGAGUACGUAGAAUCAUGCGAUCACAUAUUUGUGUCGUGUCAUUUUGCACAAAUGGUAUGGCAGAAUGUGGCGAGAUGGCUUAGAAUACAAUCGAUUAUAGCAUUCGGAAUCCAAGAUCUUCUUACCCUUCAUGGUUUAUCCUCGGGCUCAAGGAGAAAGAAAGUUAUACAUGCUAUAGUACUGGUGGUGUUAUGGUGUAUAUGGAAGACAAGGAAUGAUAUAGUAUUUCGGAAUGUGGUCCCAAAUUAUGCGAGAACCCUUGAUGAGAUAAAAUCGAUGGCAUUUUUAUGGAUCAAGAAUCGGUCAAAAGCAAAUUCGUUGUCAUGGGAGGAAUGGAGUCAUUUCAAUUUAGGUGGUAUGUAA